AGCGUUAACUUUAUAAUUCCUUUCUCCCUAAUAACAACUAUCUCUCACUUUCCCACUCAAAUCUUUAAUUCAAGGAAAAGAGUUUCUGAUUUCCUUAAUAAAUGUAUUCGUCUGUCUUCAACAUUCUCCGGCGUAUACUCCGGUGUGUCUUCAACAUUCUCCGCCGUAUCUUCCGGUGUGUCGAAGAACCGGACCGUAUCAUGUCCGGCAUGUCCGAGGGUAUCACCGUGUCUCACCCAACAGCCCCUAUCGGACCUUCAAUCGCGUCCGACGCCAUCAUCCAUCACACCCCUUCUUCAUCUCAUGCAUACGAUGUAUUUGUCAGCUUCCGUGGUGAAGACACGCGCAACAACUUCACUAGUUUUCUCUUUGGAGCUCUCCGUCGACAAGGUAUUGUUGCCUUCAAAGAUGAAGAAUGUAUCAGAAAAGGUGAUUUCAUAGCACCCGAGCUUCUACAAGCCAUUCAGGGCUCUCAAGUUUUCGUUGUUGUCUUAUCAAAGAACUAUGCUUCCUCCACUUGGUGUUUACGUGAACUAGUAGAGAUAUUUAAUUGCUGUGAAACUUCAGCAAGACCUGUUAUGCCUAUAUUUUAUGAUGUUGAGCCUACGACGGUGCGCAAUCAGAAAGGAUGUUAUGAGAGAGCAUUUGCAGAACACGAAAAUAGAUUCAGAGAAGAUAAGGUGAAGAUGGAGGAAGUUCAAAGAUGGAAAGAAGCUCUCAGAAAAGUGGCCGAUAUCUCUGGUUCGGAAAUCGGAAAUAAGUGAGCACUCUUC